UAUUGUUUUCAACAAGGAAUUUGCAUACAAGACAUACAAAUCGAAUUCCUGAAGAUAACUUGUACUUUUAUUGAUUAUACACGACUAGAACGUCUUAAACCUUAUAAUUGUAUGCUGUUACACUAAUUUAAGCAGUAUAACACCAUUUAAAAUCUUGUUCGGGAUAAAUCAGUUUGUUUUCGGGAUAUUAUUCAGCCUAAGUGAAAAUACAAAGUUUCAUCAACAAUGGCGACAAAACUGUCAACCGCAGAGAUAAAUCACCUGAGACUAUCUACUCUCUUGCUGAAGACUGCUCCUAGAGCUGUUCGUGUUUUAUUUGACCGAUUCUUCCCUCCCGGUGGAUUACAGACAGUUUUAAACAUGGAAAAAACUUCGCUCGAAAAGUUAAAGAAAAAGAGAAUUAUGAACCAAGCACAAUGGAACCUCUUAUACGGUACACUAAAGACUUCUCAAAUAACUUCUAGCGAGUUCGACAUAACACUGAUGAUAUGUUUAUUGAGGAAUCUGACUACUCUGUCUAUUCAAGACACGAUGCCAAGUAAGACUGACACGUCUCCUGGUGCUGACGUUUCUAGAAUAAAACAUUUUAGAAAUCAGAUUGCGCAUUCUGAAGAUGGAAAAAUUUCGCAAAACAAUUUCAACGAAUCUUGGGAUGAUCUGACAAAUGCGAUAGUUCGUUUAGGUGGCCAGUCAUUCGUUCAAGAAUGUUUUGAUACCAAAGUAGCCAGUCUCAACCAACAUGAUAAAGAGUUGUUACUGGAAAUACGACAGAAUACUCCAGAAAUACAAAACCUUAAUGAAGUUGUAAACAGUUUGAAAAACCCAAUUCCGAAAAACGUUAAAGAAAUAAUGAACUUAAAAGUAGAAACAUGGAAGACCGAAAAUAAAGUAUUCAUCGAAACAAAGGCGACCAAAUUUCUACUUAGCGCCAUCAGGGAGAAUAGCAUGGUGACUGUAAUUGGAAACCCCGGAAUUGGAAAAUCCUCUUUAAUUCAUUACGUAGCAAUGUGUUUACAUCAAAGUAAAAAUUACGAAAUAAUACCCGUUCAUUUGCCAUUAGAUAUUAUAAAUUACAAUAACCCGGAUCAAAGUCAGGUGUUUAUUAUCGACGAUGUGUGCGGUAAAUACUCUGUCAGUACUCUGCUUGCCGAGUCGUGGGAAAUGUACAAGGACGAUAUUGAAAAUAUUUUACGAACAUAUGACACCAAGAUACUAUUGUCAUGCAGAACUAACAUUUUUAGAAGUCAAGGUUUUCAGAAAUUAAAGCUGUUGAUAUCAUCUGUAUGUGACCUGUCGUCUGCAAAUCUUGCUUUGUCAACCGAAGAUUUAGAUAAGAUCGCAAGCGUGUAUUUGUCAAACACCGAGGCAGAUAUUGUUAAAGAAAUUUCAUUUUCUUUACAUUAUGACUUCUUUCCUCUUUUGUGUAAAUUAUACCCCGAACAUCGACAGCAUGACAUAAAAGACUUUUUCACAAGGCCCGUUCAUGCAAUAGAAGAAAAUUUAACACAAUUACAAUCACAAAAUGACAAAAUGUCAUUUUGUUCAUUAGCACUUCUGGUCCUUUUUAACAACGCCAUCGAAGACAAUUGGCUGUCCUCUUUUUUAUCAGAUGAAGAUAAACAACUUGUACAGCUUUUAUUUGAGGAAUGUGAGAUGAAUUGCGUGCCGUCAAGAAAGACAUUAAAACGUCAGUUUGAAAUGUUUUUAGGGUCGUACGUCACACAUGAUGAAAACAAGUAUAAGGCGCUGCACGACAAAGUGUUUGAUAUCUUGGCUGUCUUUGUUGGAACUGAGCUGUUUGAUGUUAUACUCCAAUAUGGUAAUAUAGAGUUUAUAUCUGAACGGUAUCAGUUUGAAUCCCUAGAAGAACAUAACAAUGAAUGUUAUAUAAUAGUUCCAAUUGAAAAAGAGGGUCAAUACUUUAAUAGGAUACUUCGAAAUAUUGACAAGGCCUUCGAUAACAGACAGCUUGCGUUCGAGUUGUAUCGAAAGAAAUUUACUUCUUAUUGCUAUACCAACAAGUUUGACAUCUUUAAAAGGCUACGACAGUUCGAUGAAUCCGAAACAAAAUCCCCUUUAGUAAUAGCUGUUACUUCAGGUUAUGACGACAUUGUUGAAAUGUUGAUAGAUUUUGAUAUGAAUGUUAACAUCCGGGAUGUGAUUGGUCGCAGUAUGGUCAGUAUAGCAAUCGAAAAUGAAUACACUUCAACAUUAUCGAUCUUGCUGAAGGCAAAAGCUGAUGCAAAUAUUGCCGACCAGCAAGGAUUUACCCCUAUAUGCGUUGCAGCAGGAAUGGGCAAACCACCUCUUUGCCAGAUGUUGUUAUCUUAUGGUGCAGACCCAAAUAAAUGUAGUCUUGCAGGAGUGUUCCCACUAUAUUGGGCAUCAUAUAAUAGAUUUCCUGAUGUAGUAAAAGUGUUAUGCGACUUCAAUGCAAACGUUAAUUUACAAAACAAUAAUUGUUGGACUUCACUGUUUGUUGCUUGUCGAAAUGGAAGCACUGACAUCGUUAAUCUUUUACUUCAAGAGAACGCGGAUCCGAAUAUUUUGCAAAAGAACUAUGGUGUCUCUCCACUAUUUGAAGCCGUUUCAAGAGGACAUUCAGAAAUUGUGAAGAUGCUCCUCGACCAUCAUGCAAACUUUAAAGAGUUACUACACGGACGUUAUUGUCUUUGUGAGGCGGUAGAAAGAGGACACAUAGACGUCGUUCGAGUUUUAUUAGAGUAUGGUUCGGAUCCAAACGUCAGUGACCAAGAUGACAACUUUCCUUUAAUUCUGGCUACCUCCAUUAAUAAUUUCGAUAUUACGGUCAUUUUACUUAAAUUCGGAGCAAACAUCAACCAGUGCAGUAAAAAGUUGCACACUCCUUUGUCAAUCGCCUCAUAUUGUGGUCGUGUUGAUUUAGUGAAGUAUUUACUUGAGAAUGAUGCUGAUACCAAAUGUGUAAAUGUUAACAACGAAACAGCAUUGAAUAUAGCAGUCAGAAGUACUAAUCCAAAGGUUGUUGAUAUAUUACUUGCACAUAAUUCCGAUCCAAAUGUAUGUAAUAUCCAUGGAAAUUCAUGCCUUUCGGAAGCAGCUUUCUAUGGAAGAGAAGAUUCUGUGAAUAUUUUACUCGAAAACAAAGCCGAUAUCAAUUCUACAAACAAGUUAGGAGAAACACCAUUAUUUCGCGCAGCACGUGCAGGAAACUUUAAAGUUGUAGAAACUUUGCUUCUUAACAAUGCUGACGUCAACAAAUCUGACAAUGCAGAUAAUUCCCCUUUGUCCGAAGCAUCAUUCUAUGGAUAUUUCGAAAUUGUUUUGUUACUUUUAGAAAACAAUGCAGACCCUAAUAUUGCAAACACAAUUGGCACAAGUGCAUUGCAUCGAGCAGCUGGCUCUGGUAUUUGUGAAAUUGUCGAAGCAUUAUUAAAUUUCGGUGCAGAUCCUUCAAAAUGUAACAAUUCAGGGUUUACACCAUUAGAUAUUGCCUCCAUCUGCGAGCAUCAUGAUAUAUAUGAAACUUUCUUGUACUAUCAAAGUUUAUAAAACUAAUUAAGUCAGGCAGUAUUGUGACAGUGUUAAUGUUAAAAUGUAGUCGCAUUAGAUAUUACGUUUAUAGCAAUAUUCCAAAAGGGAAAUAAAAAAUGAUUAACAGAGGA